AUGACUUCGGGCGAUCUCUUUAGUAUUCCCUCAGCACAGUUUAUUGCCUUAACCCAGAGAAGUGGGAAGCUUAGCGAGGAAGAGAUAGAAAGCGUCUUUAAUCAACUUGCGCCUCUGAAACCCGAAGCACUACACGGGGCGUGGGGAGGUGGCGGGUUUGAUACUGGCCACCUAGCCCAUUCCCAACUGCAGGAUGUGAAAUGGUGCGGCAAAACGUUUCAUUCGGCCGAUUCUGUGGACCCCGUCAUUAUUAUGAAAGAUGGGAAGAGGGUGUGUGAGGAGACAUGGGGCCAUGCUCGAGUAGGGAGCCACUCAACUUUUGCAUAUGCUUCAAAUCAGUUUUGUGCUAACAAGACCCCGUUGAUAGCUUCGCGAGGUGAAAUUUCGUGGCAUUGUUUCCGCUGCGAUGAUAUAUGA